AUGAUGAAAGCUAUCAUCAUUCUUAGCUUUGUAGCGCAGGUUUUCACUGCGGCUGUUAGCCGCGAGCCCGACUCCGGUGACGAUACCAGCACCCGGCCCUUCCCCCUCCCCCCUCUCUCCCCUAUCCAGGCGGAAGGUCCGGAUCCAGACAAAGUAUACAUCGUUGGCCUUACGCAUGGCGGAACGGGAUGCCCCUCAAAUUCCGUCAGCCAUAUCCUUUCAGAUGACCGGACCGUCAUGACACUUAUUUUCGACGAAUAUGUAGUAUCGAUUGGCCCUGACGUUCCCAUCACCGACAGCCGUGGCUUCCAAUACUCGAUAUUCUUAACUGACUACCGAGGAUAUGCAAGGCUAGAUAAGGGUGUUAGGGGUGUCCAAAAGAGUACCUACUACUUUUCUGGUCAGACUAAACAGGCUUCCACCAUGACAGAGUGGAACGGUCCAAUGGAUAAAGACUAUCUUCUCCACGAUGAGACAGACCAUACCUCCAUCGUCUGGUCUCCAUGUGGUGCCAACGGAGCAUUGAAUAUCAAUUCCCAGAUUCGCCUAACCAGCGGUAAUCGGAACGCUCGUGGCGUGCUGACCACAGACUCCAUUGAUGCCAGUGUCAAGCAGAUUGUCCAUGUCAGGUGGCAGAAGUGCAAGCAAGCAUAG